CACUCUUUAUGUCUCUUUUGCAUUCACUAAAAUGUGCGAAAAAUGACAUUAACUGAAUAUUUCAUGGAAUAAUAUUUAAAGAUAUAUUAGUUAUUUUUGUGUUACAAAAAUAAAACAUUUCAAUGAUUUAACAGUAAUUGUAAAAAUAAUAACAAACAAGCGGUGUUUUGGUUGACAAUGUAAACAGUCUCUUUUGUGUAUUUUAUUAAUGUUUUGAACACUUUUUGUUUCGCGUAUUACGUUCAAUGAUGAAUUACUCUAUAAUUUAUUUAUUUUUGCUAUUUGCAUUACAAGAUAUAUGCAGAUGUGCAGACGUAUGCAAGAACAGUAUUGCCGUCGGCAGAAACGCUACAAUGACAGCGUUUUCCUCGCAGUACCCGGAUUACGUUCACGGACCUUCCCGAGGGUACCUGUACACUAAACAGCAAGUUGACCAGCAAGGUCAUAUUCAAGCAGGAGCCUGGGUGGCCGGAAAACAAAACACAGACCAAUAUUUACAGGUUGAGCUAGACUCUCCGAGCAUUAUUCGAGGACUUGUCAGCCAAGGAAGGGAAGGGUGUUGUCCGGAAUGGGUGAAGGAAUAUAAAGUCUCGUAUAGUAAUGAUUGUAAAACAUGGACACCGGUUGCAUUCGGCAGUACGUUUAAAGCAAAUUCUGACCAAAAUACACCGGUGACAAAUCUUUUCGACUGCCCUAUCUCUGCUAAGUGUAUUCGAGUGUUUCCUACACAAUGGAAGGAUAAAAUUGCAAUGAGACUGGACGUUCUCGGCUGUCCUAUAAAACCAAUUAGUUCUGUAUCAACUCCAUCAACACCCACGUCUACAACCACACCCACUACAGCACCGACAACUUCAACAACCACAACAACACCAACAACAACUUCAACUUCAACAACAUCUACAAGUACUACUUCAACUUCUUCGGUCACGUCUACGUCAACCAUGACAUCAACCACAUCUGCUACAACAACGCCAAUAUCAACACCAAGUACAACAACAACAAUUACAACAACACCAAGUACAACAACAACAACGCCAAUGUCAACACCAAGUACAACAACAACAACAACGACGCCAAGUACAACAACAGCAUUAAGUUCUGUAGCAUCCACCACAGGAUCAACUUCGCCAAGUACUACAACAGGCAGAUCAUCUACAACGCAAUCAACAAGUAGUACAUCAUCUGUUAAACCAACCACCACCAGCGCACCUACUUCGACGUCUACAACAUUAGGGUCUUCUACAACCGGCUGCAUGGAUCACAAUGGAGUGGACUGCCAUUUAUUGGAUAAAUCUCUAGGGAUAUGCGGAAAUAGUAAUGCGUCUUCGACUUACUGUCCUUUGUAUUGUGGUUUAUGCGGGCCUUCUACAGUUCCUGUGACCUCGACGACAUCUUUACCUAGUACAUCAAUUUCCUCAACAAUGACGUCAACUGCAACAACUCUGAGUACUCCUACAACUGCAUCUACCACGAUAUCGUCUUCACAACCUAGUACAAGCGUAAGUACUUCUACCAUACCCACCACACUAACGACAUCAUCUAACCAAUGCAUGGAUAAACACGGCGUUGAUUGUCACCUCCUGGAUACAACACUCGGUGUCUGUUCUAAUCAAAAUGCGGCGCAGCUGUAUUGUUCCAAGUACUGUGGAAUAUGUGCUUCCACUACGCAGCAUGUAUCAACAUCGUCUCAGUCUCAACCAACAACUGCAACAACCAGCUCUAAAACUUCUUCUGUCCCAUCAACAGGAAGUUCGCCAUUAACUUCAGGCUCAAAUCCAUCUUCAACACCAAUUACAACAACUACUAAAGGUUCUAUCAUUUCCUCUGCACAAAGUACAAUUUCUUCUUCAAGUACAACCCCAACGGCUUCAACAACUAAUCCCUGUUCUGAUAAACCCGGAAUAGAUUGUCAUUUGUUAGAUUCUCAUCUUAACUUAUGUAAAGAUCAAGUCUCUGCUAAAUCUUAUUGUCCGCACUAUUGCGGCUUAUGUGGGCCUACAACGGCCUCCUUAUCAACACAAACAACUACGACAAGUACACCUUCAACGCCGUCAGCAGCUUCAAGCUCUUCUAAAACGGCAUCGACAAGUUUUUCAACCCCAUCUACUACAGUAUUGAGUACAGUUAGCAAACUGUCGUCGAUUGUUUCCUCAUCGACACAUGUAUUUUGUUCAGAUAAGCAUGGUGUUGACUGCCAUGUACUUGACACUUACUUAAACAUUUGCCAAAACCAGAACGCUUCACAAUUGUACUGCAAAAAGUAUUGCGGAAUUUGUGGUUCAACCACGUUAACCAGUAAUCUAAACACUUUAAGUUCACAGUCCACAGUGUCUAGUCCAACAACUCUUUCAUCGAAUGUACCUUCAACUACUCCAAGCAUACAGACAACUACAUCUUCAUCUUUAGCAACAUCUUCCCUGAGUUCAACCGUGCAGUCAUCGCCAAUGACAUCAACAACUAGUGCAGCUACAUCUCCAUCAUCUUCAGCAUCAACGCCAGGUUCAACAUUGAUUCAAAAUUCUAUGCAGACUACGAGCAGUAGUGCAAGCACAAAUGCUUCACAGUCCACAAGUGUUUCAUCAACCACAGCACCACGAUCUUCUACACAGACACAGCAAUCGGUUACAACUAUAACAUCGCAGUCAACUACUGUUGGGUGUGUAAAUAAACCAGCAGUAGAUUGUAAACUACUAGACGCAUAUUUAAAUAUCUGUCAAAAUAUGAAAACGGCACAAUCGUACUGCCCUCAAUACUGUGGUUUGUGUGGAUCUACAACUGCUGCGAAAUCAACAAACGCAAGCCCAUCGUCAAGUACUCUUCCUAGUGCUUCAUUAGUAACAACAACACCCUUUGGUUCGUCUAUAACAAGCAUUGGUUCUUCGACCACAGUUACAUCGGCCGGAACUUCCAUGACAGGUUCCAGUUCCGCAGGCUCAACCUCAACAUCUGGUUCAUUUGGUUCUUCUUUGAAUAGUGUCACUUCUACGGUUACAACCACAACAUCUGGUACGUCCAUGUCAAGCAGCGGUUCUUCAACUUCACCACCUGGUACUACGAUGAUUAAUAUGGGUUCAUCAACUACAACUGCAACGCCUACUUCUUCCAGAACAAGUUCUGCAACCUUGUUAACAACAUCGUCAUGUCAUGACAAACAAGGAAUUGACUGCAAGAUGCUUCAAGUUAAUCUCCAGAUUUGCAGCAAUUCGCAGUCAGCAAUGGCAUAUUGCAUGAAGUUUUGUGGACUUUGUGGAACAACGUCAAUGGGCGCGACUAUGUCAGCAAUUCAAACAACGUCUGCAGGCCAAUCAACGUCAGCUGGACACACAGUAUCAUCCGUACAUAAAAUAUCAGCAGGACAAACUUUGCUAGUGAGUCAAACGUCAGCAGGUCAAACCACAUCUGCAGGUCAAACUACGUCAGCUGGGCAAACCACAUCCGCAGGUCAAACAACGUCAGCAGGUCAAACCACAUCAGCAGGGCAAACUACAUCAGCCAGGCAAACAACAUCAGCUAGUCAAACCUCAAUAGCCGGUCAAACAACAUCUCCUGGUCAAACAACGUCAGCUAGUCAAACAACGUCAGCUGGUCAAACUACGUCACCAGGUCAAACAUCUUCAGCAGGUCAAACAACGUCAGCCAGUCAAACUACGUCAGCAGGUCAAACUACGUCAGCAGGUCAAACAACGUCAGCUGGUCAUACAACAUCAGCCGGUCAAACAACAUCAGCCGGUCAAACAACAUCAGCUGGUCAAACAACAUCCGCAGGUCAAACAACAUCAGCAGGUCAAACCACGUCAGCAGGGCAAACAACAUCAGCCGGGCAAACAACAUCAGCAGGUCUAACCACAUCCGCAGGUCAAUCCUCGUCAUCUGGUCAAACCACAUCAGCUGGUCAAACAACGUCAGCAGGUCAAUCCUCAAUAGCCGGUCAAACAAAAUCAGCCAGUCAAACAACGUCAGCAGGUCAAACUAUGUCAGCAGGUCAAACAACGUCAGCUGGUCAAACAACAUCAGCCGGUCAAACAACGUCAGCAGGUCAAACUACGUCAACAGGUAAAACAACAUCAGCUGGUCAAACAACAUCAGCCGGUCAAAGAACAUCAGCCGGUCAAACCACGUCAGCAGGGCAAACUUCAUCAGCCGGGCAAACAACAUCAGCAGGUCAAACCACAUCCGCAGGUCAAUCAACAUCCGCAGGUCAAACAACAUCAGCAGGUCAAACCACGUCAGCAGGGCAAACUUCAUCAACCGGGCAAACAACAUCAGCAGGUCAAACCACAUCCGCAGCUCAAUCCACGUCAUUUGGUCAAACCACAUCAGCUGGUCAAACAACGUCAGCAGGUCAAUCCUCAAUAGCCGGUCAAACAAAAUCAGCCGGUCAAACCACGUCAGCAGGUCAAACUACGUCAGCAGGUCAAACAAUGUCAGCUGGUCAAACAACAUCAGCAGGUCGAACAACAUCAGCAGGUCAAACUACGACAGCAGGUCAAACAACGUCAGCAGGUCAAACAACAUCAGCAGGUCAAACAACAUCAGCCGGUCAAACAACGUCAGCUGGUCAAACAACAUCAGCUGGUCAAACAACAUCAGCAGGUCAAACAACAAUAGCUGGUCGAACUACAUCUCUUGGUCAAACAACGUCAGCAGGUCAAACAACGUCAGCAGGUCAAACAACGUCAGCUGGUCAAACAUCAUCAGCCGGUCAGACAACAUCAGCUGGUCAAACAACGUCAGCUGGUCAAACCACAUCAGCAGGUCAGACAACAUCAGCUGGUCAAACUACGUCAGCAGGUCAGACAACAUCAGCAGGUCAGACAACAAUAGCUGGUCAAACUACAUCUCCUGGUCAAACAACGUCAGCAGGUCAAACAAUGUCAGCUGGUCAAACUACGUCAGCAGGUCAAACAACGUCAGCUGGUCAAACUACAUCAGCGGGUCUGACAACGUCAGCAGGUCAAACAACGUCAGCUGGUCAAACUACAUCAGCCGGUCAAACAACGUCAGCAGGUCAAACUACAUCAGCAGGUCAAACAACGUCAGCAGGUCAAACGACAUCAGCAGGUCAAACAAAAUCAGCAGGUCAGACAACAUCAGCCGGUCAAACAACAUCAGCCGGUCAAACAACGUCAGCUGGUCAAACAACAUCAGCAGGUCAAACAACAUCAGCAGGUCAGACAACAGCAGCCGGUCAAACAACGUCAGCAGGUCAAACAACGUCAGCAGGUCAGACAACAUCAGCAAGUCAAACAACGUCAGCUGGUCAAACAACAUCAGCUGGUCAAACAACAUCAGCAGGUCAGACAACAGCAGCCGGUCAAGCAACGUCAGCAGGUCAAACAACGUCAGCAGGUCAGACAACAGCAGCCGGUCAAACAACAUCAGCUGGUCAAACAACGUCAUCUGGUCAAACAAAAUCAGCCGGCCAAACAACGUCAGCAGGUCAAACAACGUCAGCCAGUCAAACAACGUCAGCUGGUCAAACAAUAUCAGCGGGGCAAACUUUGUCAGCUGGUCAAACAACGUCAGCCAGUCAAACAACGCCAGCUGGUCAAACAACAUCAGCCGGCCAAACAACGUCAGCAGGUCAAACAACGUCAGCCAGUCAAACAACGUCAGCUGGUCAAACAAUAUCAGCGGGGCAAACUUCGUCAGCUGGUCAAACAACGUCAGCAGGUCAAACAACAUCAGCCGGUCAAACAACAUCAGCCGCUCAAACAACGUCAGCCGGUCAAACAACGUCAGCAGGUCAAACAACAUCAGCUGGUCAAACAACAUCAGCAGGUCAAACAACGUCAGCAGGUCAAACGACAUCAGCAGGUCAAACAACAUCAGCUGGUCAAACAACGUCAGCAGGUCAAACAUCGUCAGCAGGUAAAACAACAUCAGCAGGUCAGACAACGUCAGCCGGUCAAACGACAUCAGCAGGUCAAACAACAUCAGCUGGUCAAACAACGUCAGCAGGUCAAACAACAUCAGCAGGUCAGACAACGUCAGCAGGUCAAACGACAUCAGCAGGUCAAACUACAUCAGCAGGUCAAUCAACGUCAGUAGGUCAAACAAUGUCAUCAGGUAAAACAACGUCAGCUGGUCAAACAACAUCAUACGGUCAAACUACGUCAGCAGGUCAAACUACGUUAGCAGGUCAAACUACGUCAGCAGGUCAAACAACGCCAGCCGGUCAAACGACAUCAGCAGGUCAAACAACAUCAGCAGGUCAGACAACAUCAGCCGGUCAAACCACGUCAGCAGGUCAAACGACAAUAGCAGGUCAAACAACGUCAGCAGGUCAAACAACGUCAGCUGGUCAAACUACAUCAGCCGGUCAAACUACGACAGCAGGUCAAACUACAUCAGCAGGUCAAACAACGUCAGCAGGUCAAACGACAUCAGCAGGUCAAACAACAUCAGCAGGUCAAACAACAUCAACAGGUCAAACUACAUCAGCCGGUCAAACUACAUUUCCUGGUCAAACAACGUCAGCAGGUCAAACAACAUCAGCCGGUCAAACAACAUCAGCCGGUCAAACAACAUCAGCUGGUCAAACAACGUCAGUAGGUCAAACAACAAUAGCUGGUCAAACUACAUCUCCUGGUCAAACAACAUCACCAGCACAAACAACGUUUGCAGGUCAAACAGCAAGUCAAACAACGUCUCAAAAUCAAACAAAACAAGUAGUUCAAACUUCAUCAGGAGUCCAAACAGGAUCAACAAAACCAACGUCAAAUUUAUAUGCCUCAAGCACUACCGUCAUAUCCACCACUAGUAAUAUAAGUUCUUCAGCUACAUCUACUGUAUCGUCUAGCACAAUAUCUACAACUCCAGCUUGCUUGGACACACCAGGGAUAGACUGUCCGUUGUUAGACAAAUUUUGGUUCAUUUGUAAGGAUGUUAAAACAGCAUCUAAUUGCUUGAAGCAUUGUGGAUUUUGUCCAUAA